ACGGGAGAGCUUACCGUCGCCGCCCCUGUCCACCGAAGAGCAAGCCCCUCCGGCCAUCCUCCACGCUGCACACCACUUCGCCACCAUCCCAGAAAGCUCCGCUAGUCGCCCUCGCCGUCCGCCACCGCUAGUCGGAACGCGGCUGCCCUAGCUGACCGCCGUCCGCCAUGGCCGCCGCGCGUGGCUAGCUUCGCUCCGGCCAUCCUAGCCCUAGAUAGCGCGCGCAUAGGAGUCCCAUAGGUCCGGUGAAGCCUUUAGGCUAGAUGUGUGCCACCAGUUCGCUGCCGUCUAGCCGGCCGGCGAGCUCCUCCUUGGCGCCGCCGCCUGUGCCGCCGCGAGCCAUCGCCCGAGCCCCAAUCCGAGCAGCGAGUUAGGGGAAUCGAUGCGCGGGGUUGUGGUGAAGCUUUUCGUGCCGCUCUCGUCGCCGGAGACCUCGCCGGCGGCGAGUUUGCCGGCCGACCCGCCGGUGCGAAGGAGAACCGUGCGGCUGGAGGUUGAAGGAGGAGCAGACAUGUGGGGCCCACGCGGAAGGUAGCGGAGGUUGGGGGUAAUUUGGUCUUUUCCGUUGCUACUUAACACCCUUUUAACGUUUCAUGGACGGAAAUGGCACCGAGGGCUAAAGUUAGAACUUUCGUGGCACUGAGAGCAAUCCGAAAAUUUUUAUGGCACUAAAAGAAACAAUCAAGAUAUCCGUGGCGCUGGGGAAAUUUACUCCUCUUCCUUCGUGACCCCUGCGAAGCAAGCGGAGAGACAGAGCAGCCCCUCCGACCACCUUCCCCGUGAUCUGCAGUAUAGUAGUAGGUAGGUAGUAGUUUUGAGUUUAGUUCAAAUAAACUGCUCGGACGGGUGCCCGGCGGAACAAGGAGUUCCCCCAUCGCUGUCGUUUACGUGGUCAUCGUUUUCGGCUCCGGCGAGGGGAAUGGGGCUGGUCGGUCUACCUUGGCAGCGAGUCUUCCCCAACCUCUUGCAAGCCAUGGGUAUAUUCUUCCUGUAUUCGUCGCCCCACCAUCAGUGCAACAACAGGCCGGCCACCUUGGGUUCAGAAGCUGGCCUGUUAGACUCCGUCAACAGCUACAAGCCUUCAACUACAUCCUUGGUUUGCCGGAUGCGCUACUCCUCGACAGCAUCUGCGCUCCUUUUCAACCUCCACUUGGUGAGGCCCCUUCGCCCCGGCAACAUGCACCGGUGACGCCUCCGCUACCCCGCUGCAAUGACCUGCACUCUGGCGACGACGAGCAUGGCUACUUCAUCCCGGCUCUUCAACGCGUGUUCCUACUUCGUUGGUGUCGUCUUAGGCAGUUAGGUGGACUACUCCAUCACGGGCAUCCCCCUCCGCCUUCCCUCGUCGACGCGCUGUGGCUGAUUUGGCUCGUCCGCGAGGGCCUGCAGCAACGCCGCCGUCGGAUACGCAUCCGGCCGGAAUUCCGGCCGUUCCCGUGGACUCAGCCGCCGGUGAGCCCCUCAAACGGAAUCCUCGCGCGGAGCCGCCGCCGAAUUCCGGCGAGCACAGGGUGUCUCCACGACCGAUGAAAGCCUCUACGAGUUCCCCUUAGCUUUCUGGUUCUUUUACCCCACUCGCUGGAGUCCUUCAAGCAAGGAGCGGCCGUCAAUUUGAAGCACCAGAGCUCCGGCGGCCAUGGACAGAAAGCCAUGACCUUUUUACAGUAAAACCUCUCACGAAUCUUGUAAUCUUUUGCAUAUUCUGUUAGUCUAGGGCCUUUUGCACAAAGCCCCCAAGAUAGGUUGGAUCGUCUCAGUCUAGUCCAAGCAUCGACUUUUCCAUAUCUAAUCCUAGGUUUAAGCCUUUUUACGCUCAGUUCUAGCUGUGUCUCGCAAAUCUUGCAAGACUAACCCUCAAGAGUCUUCAGUUAAUCGUGUUUAGGUUCUUGUGACCUUGUUUAGCUUAUAGAUUCACCAUUUUAGCUCUGUUUUAAUCCGUUCUCGUUGUUUGGUUUUAUUUUAGCGUGAUUGAUUGCUUAAUAGUGCUGUUGUACCUAGUUCGUAAUUGUAAUUAAAUUUAGAAUUAAUUUUAUUAAUAACUAAUUAGACUAGCUUCUCUAAUUAAAAGCAAAUUAGAGUUAGAACUCAGUUUUCAUAAUUAGUGAUUAAAUUGAUUAAUAUCAACAUAAACGUAUCUUUUAAUAUAACUUGUUUAGCUCAAGCACGAAUCAUAAAGUUUACGCUUAGAAUGCUCUCACCUAUUUUAUUUGCUAGUUAAAUAAUUAAUUGGAAUAAUUCAUACAGAAACUUAAUAAAUAAAAUGUGAUUAAGUUCUACCUUAUUUUUACAAAGUAUGAAUUAAAAUGAGUUAAAUAUAUUCUUGUGUAUUUAAUUUAAAUAUCCUUUACAUGUGUUUUCUAAUUAAAAUAAAUCAAGCAUAUAGUUUUCUUUUCUGCUAUAAUAUAAACCUUCCGAUAGAUGUUCCUUUUUAACCGUAGUUCCACUUUCAACGUUUCUUGCGCUCUCGCGAUUGUAGUAAUGAGCCUUUCUUUUUAGUGUGCUCUUUUAGUGCUUUCUUUUGUUUGGUGUACUAUUCCUAGUUGUGCUUGAUUUGUUUGUUUCUUGCAUCUUUGUGUCGAUGCUUGUCACGAGUAGAAGGAACAAAGUUCAAGAGCUGAAGGCUAAGAGUUUCAAGAGCAACCGUUGAAAACUUUGAGUAGCUAUUCUGUGGAAGAAAGGUAAGUGUAUUUCUGGAUCAUAUUUUUGUCCUAAUAACAUUUAUUUAUUUAUUUCUAUGCAUGUAAGCAUUAGUAUGACGGGACCAUUUAUUUAUCCUUUGUUAUUCAUGUUCUUGAAGCCAGGUUUUCACCUUUUAAUUGCUGGGUAGUAUGCUUAGCUGCUGUACUUCGGAUAAUAUGAAGUACUUGUUUGAGUAUGAAGAUGGUUUCAACUUUCAACCUUUGACUAUGGCUCCCAUACUAAAUCAGUAGGAAAGCACAUUCUGAUGUACACCUUUCAGCUUGCUGUGUUCUUGUCAUGGUCCCAAUUUCUCUGUUCUUCAGCUUGCUCUGUUCUUUACAUUAGGUGAAUACGAAACAAAAGGGGGAAGUUCUCUUUGCAAAUAGAUAGAUCACAAUGGCGGCUGAGAUAGCCAGUUGUGCCAUUGUUGGUGAGGUAGUCGGCCGGAUAUUCUCCGGUAUCAUCGACCACAACAAGGAUCGGUCAGAUGAAGGGGAUAAUAGCAGCUUGGAGAGGUUGGAGAUGGCAUGCAUCAAACUUGAUGCCACAAUCGAAACGUCGGAGAAGUGGCAGAUCACCGACGUGGCACUUCUCCGCUGGAGAAAAAAGCUGAAGCGUGUUGCUUUAGAGUGCGAUGACUCUCUUCGCAGAUGCAAGCAGCGAUCUCUUGAAGAUAAAGAGACCAGAGAGAAGCUCAGACAGUCAUAUCCCAGGCGUGUAGCACACACGACCAAAUCAUUCAUUUCCUCCGUCGUUGGUCACAAAAACGAGGGUGAACCCAUAAGCAAGGCUGCCGUUCAGAGAUUCGAGAGGCUUGCACAUGGUGCUGACGAAUUCCUGAGAUUCGUAGAGUUAAGUGGAACACCGCGACGAUACAUGUUCUUUGACCCCCUUGUCCAGCAUCUCUUUGCAGGCAAGUAUGUCCAGUACCAAAUGUUACAGCAGCACCAGGGAAGCAUGCGCAAUUGUUUCAGCAUACGACCAAUGAGUUUUGAGGAGCGUGGGCUGGAGGCAAUGCUAGCAUUCAUCCAUGAAGAUGGUGAGGCACCCAAGAAGAAUUUUCGGCUGGGACUUAUGCUGCGUCUUUCCGAGAGUACGGACGUCAUUGGGAUUACAGUCAAGUGUUUGCAGCUGCUCAUGCCUCACUUUAACUCCAUCACCGAGGUGGUCAUCGGAGAGCUCACUCAGCUUCCUACACAGGACUUCAACUGGUUGCCUAUGUAUGAUGAACCUGGCAACAUGGAACACUGGAAACAUCAUGACACUUUGACUCGAUGGUUCCGUCCAGAUCCAUUGUGCUGCAAACAAUAUGAGCUCCAAGACAUGGCUGCAGCUUGUAGCCGCAGCAGCAGUACGAGUUCACUGAGACUAUCCAGCAUAUUUCCAGAACAAGUCAUUGGAGUGUUUCUGCAGCGUAACAUCCUACCAUCUGAGUAUGGCAAAUUGCAGGCGUCAAAGAUGAUGACAUGUUACAGCACUUCAUCUUCCCAAGGGGAUGUCUCACCUCUGAAGCUGGGAGUUCUCUUCAAGCCGCAUCACCCUUCGGAAGACAUCAAGUUUGCUCCAGAAGCUGAGAGCUCGGCAAUAGAAGCAAUAGAUGGAGGGAAGCAACAGUUACUACAUGUUAAUGUCCAUCCGAACGAACUUGACAAGCUCUUGCUGCCAAAGGCGGUAGACUACCUUCACCACAAUGCUGAGUCAGCAAUCUAUCAGAUCUCCUGGAAGUCUGCACAUGGCAGUGUACACCUCUGUGUGGAGGAACCAAGCAAAGAGAUGACGGGAACAUCGAGACCUGUCACGCUUCAAGACUGGAAGAACAAGAGGAAUGGUUUUAUGGCAUUGAAAGGAGAAAGGGGAACGACGGAAGUGGUGGAAUCGGGGAUGGUAGCACAGAGGGUGGUGUCUCUCCUCCUCACGCUUGCCCUUGUGCGCGCAACCUUGACAGCUGGCUAGCGACCUGGAUGACUGACCAAAGAGUCUAUUGCUCAACCAGACCACAAUCUCUUCGAUUUCAUGGACGACCACCGGUGCUAUGUGUAAUUACUAGCAAAACUCAGUUAAGAAAAAAAACAUAUAUCAACUUAAUGUACCUUUUGUUUUGAUUACAGUCUGAAGAAUUCAAUGAUAUCGAGUAGCAGAAUGUUCUAAGCAAAGUUCA